AUGGACAAUUCAGAUUAUAGGGACGUAAAUAAAGGAUUCGAUUUUUCUCUAUAUUUAGAUCACAAAAGAAUUGAUAGAUUAGUGUUCGUUCCACUAUACGGUUUAGAAUUGCUGGCUAUACUACUGACCAAUAGUUUUUUGCUAUAUAUGCUAAAAUCCCCUGAAUCUAAAAAAGAUUUUUCCUUCAAUGUUCAAUGCUUUUUCACUCUCAGAGCCUUGGGGGAUCUCUUUUCGGGAUUGAUAUGCAUACCCUUGCAUGUUUACAUUUCAUUUUUCCGGGUGCCAGAUCCAUCGAGACUUCACAAGGUGUGUAGGGAAGAUGCAGCUCUAUGGUACUUGGAAGAAGUGGGAGCCUACAUAAGUUCUUACACUAUAUUAGCUAUAGCUAUAUGUCGAUUCAAAGCUGUCUUGUUUCCUUUCUCAAAAAAGAUCGGUCGUACCGAGGCAAUCGCUGGGUUAAUCAUAGUUCUUAUACUAUCUUUUGGUCUUCCAAUUACAUUCACAGUUGUUAGAUUAAAAUUUACAACGGGAGUAUUGUGCAGAUAUAGUCAAAGACAAUUCAAGAGUCAUCUGUCAUAUUUAAUCAUAAUCGGCAUGAUUAUACCCUAUACCAUCUCGGUAAUAUUGUAUUAUUUGAUAAUACACAGACUCAAAAGAACUAAAAAUUCUGGAGAAGGUUUAUUAAACUCAAAGACAUCUGACGAGAAAAAGGAUAGGUCAAUUAAAAUGAUUUGGUGGUUGAUAAGCAUAUUUGUCAUAUGUAACGCGCCCAUCCUGAGUUUUCACUUCUUCUCCAGGUUUAAUUUCAUGAAACUAUCAGAUUUAAACUUAGAAAGGAUCUUACAUUGUGUGGCAUUGUGGUUUACUAUGAUAAGAUGGUUGAAUCCCUUGAUAAUUAUACUAUUUGGCAUCAGGGAUAAAAACACUAGGAUAUUGAAAAUCAUGGCGACCAUGUUUAGUAAAUCAAGCCCUUCCACCGCUUCAUCGCAUUCAAAGAUAAGCCAUCUAUCCACUAAACACACACAAAUAAGUAGCAGUAAAGUUCCCUCUGGUUACAUUAAUACUGUGACUAGUUAA